GGUUCAUGACAUGGGGUACCAGCCUUAUGGGUCUUGGGUUCAUGACAUGGGGUACCAGCCUUAUGGGUCUUGGGUUCAUGACAUGGGGUACCAGCCUUAUGGGUCUUGGGUUCAUGACAGGAGGUACCAGCCUUAUGGGUCUUGGGUUCAUGGCAUGGGGUACCAGCCUUAUGGGUCUUGGGUUCAUGACAUGGGGUACCAGCCUUAUGGGUCUUGGGUUCAUGACAUGGGGUACCAGCCUUAUGGAUCUUGGGUUCAUGACAGGGGGUACCAGCCUUAUGGAUCUUGGGUUAGUUACAUGGGGUACCAGCCUUAUGGGUCUUGGGUUUACGACAGGAGGUACCAGCCUUAUGGAUCUUGGGUUCAUGACAGGAGGUACCAGCCUUAUGGAUCUUGGGUUUGUGACAUGGGGUACCAGCCUUAUGGAUCUUGGGUUUGUGACAUGGGGUACCAGCCUACUCAUUGACUCCCACGGAUUACAAUUAUAAAGAGUUUACGCAAAUAUUAGCAUCGCAGUUCUUAUUGCAGGACUUUAACUGUGGGAAAUCACCUCACAACUCAGCCUAAAGUGCCUAUUGAACAUUCAUAUUUUAAUGUACAGCCUUACCUAUGGAAAUGUGAAGUGAAUUGAACAUUCAUAUUUUAAUCCAAUCUAAUCCAAAUAUUAUAUUAUAUUCACUAUUUAUGUCUAUUUGCAUCAUGUUCAAUAUUGGACCCUUAUUUUGAAGGCGAACUGCAAAUUCCAUUGUGGCUCAUCAUUAUUCUAGCUAGCAUCACACAGGUGCUUUUCCGAUGGGAUAAAAUAAUCCCUUGCAACCUGCACGGUCUCAAACAGAGUACGGAGAACAGCAACGGUCGGUAGUCGAGAUCUGUCGCGUGCACAGAAGAACCACACCAGAACCGGACAGAAAAAACAACUCAAAACCUGUCAGACCAUUGGAGAAGUGAACUCGAACGAGCCUGAGAGAAAACGAAGCCUUUGUUUUCAGAAGCAGCAGGGAGCCGAACCGGAGGAAAGAUGAGUUUUCUGCCAUACUUCUCCGCUGAGACGUGGACCCUCCUGGCCCUCUUCAUCACCCUCAUUGUAGUGUAUGGGUACUGGCCCUAUGGUGUAUUCACUAAGAUGGGUAUUCCUGGUCCCAAACCCCUACCUUACUUUGGCACAAUGAUGGAGUAUAGAAAGGGCAUCACUAACUUUGACACAGAGUGCUUUCAGAAGUAUGGGAGAAUCUGGGGGAUCUAUGAUGGGAGGCAGCCUGUUCUGUGUAUCAUGGACAAAAGCAUGAUCAAGACCGUCCUGAUUAAAGAGUGUUACAACAUCUUCACCAACCGCAGAAACAUCAUUCUGAGUGGUGAGCUGUUUGAUGCGGUGUCCCUUGCCGAGGACGAUACAUGGAGACGGAUCCGCAGUGUCCUCUCACCUUCCUUUACCUCUGGACGACUAAAAGAGAUGUUUGGUAUCAUGAAGCAGCACUCUGCUAACCUGUUGAAUGGAAUGAAGAAGCAGGCAGAUAAAGACCAGGCCAUCGAAGUGAAGGAGUUCUUUGGGCCCUACAGUAUGGAUGUGGUCACCAGCACAGCCUUCAGUGUGGACAUUGACUCUCUGAACAACCCUUCAGACCCCUUCGUCUCCAACGUCAAGAAGAUGAUCAAGUUUGACCUGUUCAACCCACUGUUGCUCCUAGUCGUGCUGUUUCCCUUCACUGGUCCUAUCUUGGAGAAGAUGAAGUUUUCUUUCUUCCCGACUGCGGUGUUGGACUUCUUUUACGCCUCGCUGGCUAAGAUCAAAUCUGGACGUGACACUGGGAACUCAACUAAUCGGGUGGAUUUCUUACAACUGAUGAUUGACUCUCAGAAAGGCAACGACACAAAGACAGGAGAGGAACAGACUAAAGGACUGACUGAUCAUGAGAUCUUGUCUCAGGCCAUGAUCUUCAUCUUCGGUGGCUACGAGACCAGCAGCAGUACUAUGAGUUUCCUGGCCUAUAACCUGGCAACCAACCCCCACACCCUGACCAAACUGCAGGAGGAGAUAGAUACUGUGUUCCCCAACAAGGCUCCUAUCCAGUACGAAGCUCUGAUGCAGAUGGACUAUUUGGACUGUGUGUUGAACGAGUCUCUGAGACUGUACCCCGUCUCCCCGCGACUGGAGAGGGUCGCCAAGAAGACGGUGGAGAUCAACGGCAUCGUCAUCCCCAAAGACUGCGUUGUCAUGGUUCCCACGUGGACCCUCCACCGUGACCCAGAGAUCUGGUCCGACCCUGAGGAGUUCAAACCAGAGAGGUUCAGUAAGGAGAACAAGGAGUCUAUUGAUCCGUACACGUACAUGCCGUUUGGGGCGGGGCCCAGGAACUGUAUCGGGAUGCGCUUCGCCCUGAUCAUGAUCAAACUGGCCAUGGUCGAGAUCCUCCAGAGUUUCACUUUCUCCGUCUGCGACGAGACCGAGAUCCCGUUGGAGAUGGACAUCCAGGGUCUGCUGAUGCCAAAACGACCAAUCAAACUGAGGUUGGAGCCCCGUAGCAACACCCCUAGCAACACCACCGCCACCUCUCCAACAACAUGACCGAAUGCAGGAGCACCCUACCCUGGAGUACCCUUCUCUCUCUCUUGCUCUCUCUCUCUCUUGCUCUCUCUCUCUCUCUUGCUCUCUCUCUCUCUCUCUCUCUCCCCCUCUCUCCCCCCUACACACAAAAGGGC